CGCCUAAUUAGGACAGCAGCUGGCCGCGAGCGUGCUGUCUUCCAAAGCGCAAGAGUCAGCACCUCGACCACGAUGGCGGGCUUGAACCUGGACCAAUUGACGAUGGAGCUGCUGCCGGAAGAUGACGAUCUGCUGAGCUACUUCCUCUCAUCGGAUGUAGCUACAGAAGAGCGCAUCGGCGACCUCUCGCUCAACCCGUCGGGCGUGGCCAUGGACCACGCGGCCUUGGGCCGCUCCGACGCUGGCUCGGCGUCAGCGUACGGCUACGGCAGCUCGAUCCACGGAGAUCAACCGUCGUCGUUCCGAUCCCACCACCCGUCGUCCAACCUGGACACGGCGAGCACGGCCUCGGGCGACUUUGAUGGCCCGGACUCGCCCACCGGCGGCGACAACGACCUCGACACUGACGACGACAAGCGCCAGCGCCGGCUGGCUCGGAACCGCGAGUCGGCGCGCCAAAGCCGCCGUCGCAAGAAGCAGUACUUGGAGCUCCUCGAAGAAAAGGUAGCGCAGCUCACGGAGGAAAUCGACGCCACGCGAGGCGAGCACUUGGAGUCGGCCGACAAGACGCUCUCGACGCUCAAGUCGCAGAUGGUUGCGUCGCUCUACGAGAAGCUGUCGUCGCUGCCGCCCAUGGCGUCGCUUGGACCCGAGCUCACGGACGAGCUGCGGAGCGGAGUCAAGAUCAUGCAGGAGCGCUACGGCCCCCACUCGGAGGAACGCCGCGCCGUUGUCAACUACCAUUUCCAGCAGCUCGACAACCUCCUUCUGCCGCCCUACACGCGCUUUCUCCUCUGGAUGAGCAUCCAAGACGAGGCCUUCUUCUCCAAGAUCCAGCCUGCCGUGGCAGCAGCGACGAAAAAGUCGUCGGAGAGCGACCGCAAGGACAGCAGCGCCAAGAAAGACACGCUCUGGGCAGCGCUCUCGUCCGAGCUCGGCAUGACGUACGAGCAAGAAGAGAAGAUCAAGAGCCAUUACAAAUCGACCGACUCGAAGACAGCCAAAGCCGAGCGCCGCAAGAUCGCCAUGGCCGUCACGUACUUGAACCAGCUCAAGCAAAAUAUGGAGGAGCGGUCGGCCGCGGUGCAGACGCACGCGAACGCCAUCACGUCCAUUUUGACGCCGGAGCAGUCGGUCCGGUACCAGCAGUGGGUGCAGCAGAACCGGGAAACGUACCGGGCGUCGCUCAAGGAGAAGAGCGUGCACUUUGCGAACGCGCCGACGGUCGACCCCGAGGGGAAGAUCUCGACGAUCCUCCGCAAGCCGGACCAAGAUCUGACGGUCGAAGACGUCACGGUGCUUCUCUCGACGCUCUCCAAGCAGCAUGCGACGCAGCAGGAUGCAUGAAGUCCCU